AUGGAUCUCACUGCCUCGCCUGCGUUCUUCUUGAUCCUCUGCUGCUGCCUUGGGCCUGUGGAAGCCCGAGACUUUAAUUCUGUGCUCUCUGUGACAAAUGGAGGACCUUGGGGUAGCUGGGGGUUAAUUCAGUUUUGCCCUCAGGGAUAUGCUCAUGGCUUCUCACUGAAGGUAGAGCCAAACCAAGGUGGUGGUGUCAAGGAUGAUGAUACAGCCCUAAAUGGAAUUCGCCUGCACUGCACUGACAGUUCAGUAAUUGAGUCUGCAAGCGGACCGUGGGGAACCUGGACAGGGAUUCACUAUUGCCCCCAAAGCAAUCUGAUUUCUUUCUCUCUGAGAGUGCAAGCACCCCGGGGCAAAGGUGAUGAUACUGCUGCCAACAACAUCCAGUUCACCUGUCAAGACGGAACUGGGCUGAUGGGCCAGGGACUUACCUGGGGUAGUUUUGGCCCAUGGAGCAAUCGCUGCUCCUCUGGUUAUAUCUGUGGGAUCCAGACAAAGGUGGAGGGUCUCCAAGGCAAGGACGAUGAUACAACCCUUAAUGAUGUGAAGUUCUUCUGCUGUGACUGAACUCUAUGUUCCUGUCCCCUUUACAGCAUAUCUCUGCUACUUUUCGGUAGUGGCGAAGGUUGACAACAAUUAAAUA